AUGGCUCAGUGUCGGAAGUCUACUUACAUGUGCAACAAGCAAACCAUAGUUGGUUUCUCGCUUAUGCAAUCGUUGAAGUCUUUUAACUGCUGUCACCGAACUACAUUGAUUGUACACAGAAGGAAAAAAACAUUGAAUGACGUGCUUCUUUCAUCAAGACAACUUCAAAGUUUCAAGGAUUUCAGCAACACAGAAAAUAUCACUUUGUUGCAAGUUCGUUAA